AUGCCGUCGCCGCACAAACUGCCUCGUGUCGCCAUCUCGUACUGCACGCAAUGCAAGUGGAUGUUGCGAGCAGCUUACUUCGGCCAGGAGUUACUGUCAACAUUCGGAACAGCUAUUGGCGAGAUCGCCCUCAUUCCCGUCACAGGCGGCGUCUUUACAGUUUACCUUACCCAUGUACCUCCUGGAUCCGACGAGAACGCCGAAACACAAGAAAUAUUGCUAUGGGAUAGAAAGGCAGAGGGAGGCUUCCCAGAGACUAAGAUCUUGAAGCAGCGCUUGAGGAACCACAUUGAGCCUAAUCGAGAUCUCGGUCACUCUGACAAGCCCUCCAAGACUCAAUCCUCGGACACAUCCACAAAACCAAAAGAGCCUGCCACCACUACAACCGAAGGCACAAAAGACUGCGAAGACUGCAAAUAG